CUGACAUGGGCCCUGGACAAAGUCCAAUUCUCCAUUACGAAGAGGACUGCUAUCAUGCACGGGACCCUGAACCCGAAGGAGUUUUUGAGGGGUGCCACCCCUCCGACCGAUAAGUCUGUGCUCUCCUGUCAGGCCGACGAUGUCCUCUUCUCCAAGGUUCUGAUGGCCUCGGUUACGGCGAGCCUUGGCCUUGGCGAGCUGGUCCAGAGGAUAGAACAGCAUGACUCGGAGAAGAAGAAGGCCGCUGAAGCACUGGCCGAGGCCCGAAGGCAGCUCAAGGAGGCCGAGGACGCUCGCAAAGCUGAGCAAGAGGCUUUCAAAGACAUCCUCGAGGGCUCCAAGACGGUGGCCAGGGCUGAAGGUAAAGCAGAGGCGGAGAAGACUGCGGCAGAUGCUGCCAAGAAAGCCGCGGAGGAUGCCAAGGAGGCCCGGAUCAAAGCUGUCGCCGAAGCCCGGGAGGAUGCUGUUGCUACUUUUGCCGAGGAGGGAUGGAAAGCCGAAGGCCGGCAGAAAUGGGUGGCUUCGGUGGUGGAAGCUUCGGUGGACGAAUGGGUGAAAGGCCCAGGCGCCAUGUGGUUGGCCCGAAAGGGGAAAGAGUAUUAUGACGGGGGUGAGUACUUUACUCGGGCCCUCGUAUAUCGAAGGCUGUCCCGGCAUUUUGGGGUGGACCCGAAGGCCUUUGAUCCGGCAUCCUAUGGUCUUCCUCCCCUUCAGCCAGACCCCAAGGUUCCCUUCCCUGAAGGUGUUGCGAGGCCUGACUUGGAAGACUCCCUGCUGAUGGCCGAGGGCAGUGACG